AUGUUUAAGGCUUCUACUACAGUUAAAGCUGGCUCGUUCGUUUGGGUUAAAGAUUUGGAGGAGGCAUGGUUAGAUGGUGAAGUUAUUGAGGUUAAUGGAGAUGAUAUUAAGGUCCAAUGUACCUCAGGGAAGACGGUUGUUGUCAAAGUUUCAGAAACACAUCCGAAAGAUAUGGAAGUUCCACCUUCUGGUGUGACUGACAUGACAACGCUAGCAUAUCUACAUGAACCAGGGGUCCUGCAAAAUUUGAAAUCAAGAUAUCAUAUAGACGAAAUAUAUACUUACACAGGAGAUAUCUUGAUUGCUGUGAACCCUUUUAAACAACUAGCGAACCUUUACAAUGACCAUAUGAUUGCACACUAUAAAGGAGCCCCCUUUGGAUCCUUGAUGCCCCACCCUUUUGCAGUUGCGGAUGCAGCUUACAGACAAAUGAUUAAUGAGGGAGUUAGUCAAUCAAUCUUGGUAAGUGGUGAGAGUGGAGCAGGGAAGACUGAGACUGCUAAAACGCUUAUGAAGUACCUGGCCAAAAUGGGAGGUCGAGCUGUCAAAGAUAUGUCAAGCAGAAGGAGUGUCGAAGAUCAAGUUUUGGAGUCCAAUCCUGUUCUAGAAGCAUUUGGGAAUGCAAAAACCGUCAGGAACAACAAUUCAAGUCGAUUUGGCAAAUUCGUGGAGAUCCAGUUCGAUCAAAGGGGAAGGAUAUCAGGAGCUGCUAUCAAGACUUAUUUGUUAGAGAGAUCAAGGGUGUGCCAAGUGUCAGAUUCUGAGAGAAACUAUCACUGCUUUUACAUGCUUUGUGCUGCACCACCAGAGGACAUUAGAAAACUAAAACUAGAGGAUCCAACAACAUACCGUUAUCUGAAUCAAUCUCGUUGUAUUAAAUUAGAGGGGAUGGAUGAUUCAAAAGAGUAUACUAAAACCCGAGAAGCAAUGGGCAUUGUUGGAAUAAGCUUAGAGGAGCAGGAAGCAAUAUUUCGAGUUCUGGCAGCUAUUCUUCAUCUAGGUAACAUAGAAUUUACCAACGGAGAAGAAACUGACUCUUCAGUUCCAAAAGACAAGAAGUCACUGAAGAUUGCGGCUGAGCUUUUCAUGUGUGAUGAGCAGGCACUGGAAGAUUCUCUGUGCAAACGUGUAAUGGUGACACCUGAAGAAACCAUAUCUAGAUGUCUGGAUCCUGAAUCUGCAGCAUUCAGCAGAGAUGCUUUGGCAAAAUUUGUGUACGCAAGAUUGUUUGAUUGGAUCGUAAACAAGAUCAAUAAUUCAAUUGGGCAAGAUCCUGACUCAAAACACAUGAUAGGAGUGCUGGAUAUUUAUGGAUUCGAGAGUUUCAAGACAAACAGUUUUGAGCAAUUUUGCAUCAAUUUGACCAAUGAGAAACUUCAGCAUCACUUUAAUGAGCACGUCUUAAAAAUGGAACAAGAUGAGUACAAGAAAGAAGAAAUUGAGUGGAACCACAUCGAAUUCCCAGAUAAUCGAUAUGUUUUGGAACUUAUUGAGAAGAAACCUGGUGGUAUUAUUGCUCUCCUGGACGAGGCUUGCAUGUUCCCAAGAUCAACACAUGAAACGUUUUCUCAAAAGCUGUACGAAACAUUUAAAACGAACAAGUACUUUAGCAAGCCAAAAUUAGCUCGUACUGACUUCACCGUUUGCCACUAUGCUGGUGAUGUCACUUAUCAAACCCAGCAGUUUCUGGAAAAGAACAAAGAUUAUGUUGUUGCUGAGCAUCAGGCUCUGCUAGGUGCUUCUAGGUGCACUUUUAUUGCAGGUUUAUUUCCUAGUCUAGUGGAAGAUGCUAGCAAACAGUCCAAGUUCUCUUCUGUAGCAUCACAAUUUAAGCAACAAUUGGCAUUAUUGAUGGAACGUCUUAGUACUACUGAGCCUCGCUAUAUUCGUUGCGUGAAGCCCAAUAAUCUUCUGAAGCCAUCUAUCUUUGAGAACCAAAAUGUUCUGCAACAACUACGUUGUGGGGGUAUGAUGGAGGCAAUUGAGAUUUGUCGUGCUGGAUAUCCUACACGAAAACAUUUUGAUGAAUUCCUGGACAGAUUUAGUGUUCUAGCUUCUUGUACUUUGGAUAAGAGUUCUGAUGAGAAAGUAGCAUGCAUGAAACUUCUGGAGGCAGUUGGACUCAAAGGAUACCAGAUUGGAAAGACGAAGGUUCUCCUCAUGGCUGGGCAGAUGGCUGAAUUAGAUGCUCGGAGGACCGAG